GCUGCAGCUCCUUGACAACAACACUGAGCGUCUCCUGUUGUUUCUCCUGCAUAAGCUUUUCUCUCUUGUAGACGAUGCGUCUCUACCAUUGCACACAGAUGUCUCAAAAAGUGGGCCAUCGAAACAAAAAAGGAAGUAGUAAGUACAACACUGGUCAUUUAUGUGUCUCAGAGAGACAUCACUGCUGGAUGGUCCAACAUCACCAGGUGAUGGAGAGUCACCAACAACAGCAGCAGCAGGAGGAUGACGACAGGCUUGACCUCAUCAAGCCCAGGAAGCUGCCAAAUCCAGUUCUGGCGUCACACCAACACAGAAACCUUCACCGAGAGCUUCUCUUCUGCCACAGGCGGGGUCUUCUGCCGAGAAGAAAACCAGAGCUGCAGUGUGUCCUGGAACACAAACAGAGGGAGCAGCACAAGCAGAGGGAGCUGGCUCUCCGUCCUAUCUCUGAUUUAGAGGCUAAGCUUCGCUCAAGGCGGCAGAGGAUACAAGUCUGUGAGAUAGACGAGAAGAAAAGGAACGAGAGCUUACGGAACAUACCAGAGUUCAUCCACGUGAGAGGAUCCUUGAAACACGUCCAAACGUCUUCAUCCUGACAACCAGAGCAGUUUCUUAUGCUACAGCUAUGACAGAAAAUGUUUUUUUCAGAAUAGAUUGGAAAACAAAGUUGUUUUUUUUAAAUGUUCAACACAAAUCACCAGUAAAUCAGCUUCAUCGCUCAUUCCCUGUAUGGAAGUAUUUUCAUUUAAGUUGACAGUUCAAAUGCAGUGUUCAGGGGGGGGACAUAGGGCAAGAUGGUCUUAAAAUAUCUUCAAUAUCCUGUGACAUUUGCACAGAAAUGUGCCUGUGUCAAAAAUGUCUAGAUAAAGACCUGUAGCACAACUCCUUUUUUUUGAUUAUUCAAGAGUUAAAUUACUUUCACAAGACUAAUCAAAUAUGGGUCAGUCAUGCAACAAAUAAUCAUGUUGUAGUACAUAAAAUCCAUACUGAUUAUCCAUCACGUCUUUUAAAUUGUUAUGUUAGUGCAGAUGGUAUUAAAAACUCUUAAAAUGGAUUUGGAUUUACACUAACAGUAAAAAGUAAACAGAGGGUACACAAGGUAAUGUCCUGAAAUAAAAUGUUUCCCACUUUGCACUAAAAGAAUGAGAAUAUAAGAGACAAUUUAACAAAUAUUUUUUAAUAAAACAUCCAGGGAGACCGAGCAUUUAAAUAAAACACUGAAACAUAAAUUGGAUUGAACCAGGAUCUGCAACAGUGAGGAAACAACAGUCACAGGAAAGAAACUUGUGCGAUUCCUCAGCUGUCUGCUGCUCUUUACUGUCUCGUCUCGUGCACUCAGAGCUGCUGCACACAAUUUUAGGAGUGCCAGCUGGUCGGCGGUUUCUCAGGCACUAUAACACACAUACACAAAAUGGAGGGGGUAACAGCUAAGUUGUGGGGACAAGUGGUAAAAUGGGAUUGAACCUAAAAUGCCCCUUCCAAGACUUAAACAAAAAUGGAGGCCUACCGUGACAACAGUAAACAUACAUACAUGUAUUUAACGUGGAUCUGUGCUGUAAACAAAGGUUGACAAAUAAGCUGAAAUCUCUGUUAAGUUAAUGAAUAAGCGAGUGAGUGUUACUUUGGUAAUGUAAACAUUGUUUACAGGACUGUAAAUAAAAAGUGGACGCCGUCUUUUGGUUGCAAAACUCGCUCCUGUAUUUGCGAUUUGAUCGGUGCCAUGUUCGUUUAAAAUUCACAGUUCACAGACGUCAUCUGCAACCACACCGAGUCCAUAUCUGUCGCACAUUGUCAUCUAUCUCCGUCUAAAUUUGAACACAAUUUACAAAGGCGACAUCAUGUUCUAUAGAAGAAGAGGUGAAACCAUUA